CCAGACAAAGUUACGUGGGAGCCACAUCUCUGUCUUUUAGCUAACGUCCCACGGCUCCUUCACCUCUUCCCUCAAGGCCGAAACAAAAGAAUUCCCCAAAGUUUCCCAAAUUUGCCAGCUGCAAUUUUCUGGUUUGUUUUGCCUCGUUACCCUUUUGCUGCUGAGAAAUCUCGCAUCUCUGCUGCUUUCCGGUUCCAUACAAAUUCCAUCAAUUUCCCGAAACCUCGGUCACCACUUGAUUUGACCCAUCAGUUUCAACCCUCAAAAAAUCUGCAGCCCCUCUGCAAAAAGAUCCGUCUUUCCCAAAUACAAAGCUCUCUCUGUCUCUCCAUUGCUUAAUUAUGGUUAAGCAGACUAGAAUUAGCUCUUGGUAAAUUGAAUUCACCCUCUGGGCUUCUCUCGUUUGCUUCUGGCGAGUUUGUGGGAACAUGUAUCACGCGAAGAAGUUUUCGAUGACAAGUUUAGUUCCGCACAAAGGUCAGGCUGGAGGUGGUGAGACGCUUGCGACGAGUGCUGGGUUGUUGGGUGGAUCUGCCGUAAAAAACUCAACGCCUGCUUCUUCUGGUGGGGGAGCUGGGAAGCAGCGUUUGCGCUGGACUUCCGACCUUCAUGACCGUUUUGUCGAUGCCAUCACUCAACUAGGCGGACCAGACAGGGCAACACCGAAAGGUGUUCUAAGAGUGAUGGGUGUACCUGGACUUACUAUCUAUCAUGUGAAAAGCCAUUUGCAGAAGUAUCGCCUUGCAAAGUACCUUCCGGAAUCUCCUGGUGAUGGCAAAGGUUUUAAAGAUGAGAAGAAAAGUUCUGGAGACAGCCUUUCUGCCUCUGAUUCUUCUCCGGGAAUGCAAAUUAAUGAGGCACUGAGGAUGCAAAUGGAGGUUCAGAAGCGUCUUCAUGAACAACUUGAGGUUCAAAGACAGCUGCAAAUGAGAAUAGAAGCUCAGGGUAAAUACUUGCAGAAGAUCAUUGAGGAGCAGCAGAAACUAGGUGGUGCACUUAAAGCUUCUGAGACUUUACCGUUGGAUGAUGAUAAGCAAAAGCAACCUCGGUCAGAUCCACCUGGUGGUGAUUCAGCGGGGCCCUCUUCUCCCCGAAAGAAACAAAAGUUGGAUGAUGGACUAAAAGAUGGCUUUGACUCCUCAGUGACGCAAAAAAGUGACCCAAAAAAGGAGCUUGUUGGUACAUGGGACGGGGACUUUUAUGGUAGUGAGGCUGGGUUUGGAUUAGACUUGGAGACUGAGUUCAAGGGGGGAGAAGAUGCUGUGGCGGAGAGAGCAGCUCUUGAACUAGAUCCCACGCAUCGUUCAAAAUAGUUUUCCCCAUUGUCAAUGUAGUCCUUUGUAAUAUGUUUGUGGCAGAAAUUAUAGACCAUACUUUGUGUAAAUCUAUACGUGCACUCCAUUUGUAGAUAUGAUUAAAAUACAAAAUGUCUGGUUGUUCUCUUGUUGGUUCAA